UCUUACUUUCAUCUCUUUCACCCGCUCAUCAACACAUUGCUACGGAGCCGCAACUUACAACCUAAGUUCAUUUGCAUCUUCUUACGUGAUUUGAUUUGGACCGUCAUCGGGGCAGUGUAUCUCUCUUUUUCCAACAAAUUAAGGCGCAAUCUCCUAAACAAAUUCGACACAAAUCACAAUGAGCGCUGCUGCAACACAAAGAGCACCAAAAGCUGAUGCCAAUUUGGCUGGCUCGGGUAAAGGAAGGAGGGGCAGUCAAACACUCAAAGGUCGUCGUGGAUCGGGUGUUGAAAAAUUGGAUUCGCAUACACAUUACUGGCACACUUCCACACACAAACAUGAGGAAAAUCCAGGUGCAUCAGAAAAGGUGUUGAACGAACAUUUUGAAAAGUACAGAAAGAUGUUUGAAUUAACACCUGAAAGACUCAAGGAGAUCACCAAGCGUUUCGUUGGAGUACUUGAAACCGGUUUAAAGAAAGAAGGUCAAACGGUUCCCAUGUUGCCCGCUUUCGUGUUCGGAUGGCCAACUGGAGAUGAAACUGGUUCCUACUUGGCAUUGGAUUUGGGUGGUACAAACUUGCGUGUAUGCCAUGUUGUCUUGCAAGGAAAGGGCAAAUUUGAAAUCACACAAACGAAGUUUCGUUUGACAGAUGAACAAAAGCAAUGCGAAGGACAAGAAUUGUUUGACUUCUGUGUCGAAUGCUUGGACACAUUCAUCAAAGAUCACUUUGGUAAUGGAAAGGAUGAUGAGGUUAUCCUAGAAGAGGAAAUCGCUCUUGGUUUCACUUUCAGUUACCCGAUGGAACAGAAUGCUAUCGAUCAUGGUAAGCUUGUCCGAUGGACAAAGGGAUUCGGUAAUCCAAACACGGAAGGUAAAGAUUGCGCUCAGAUGUUCCGCGAUAGUUUGGAAAAGUACAAUGUACCAAUCAAGAUGACUUCCAUCAUCAAUGACACAACCGGUACAUUGAUCGCUUCCAACUACGUCAAACAGGACACAAAGAUUGCAUGCAUUUUCGGAACAGGUUGUAAUGCCGCUUAUAUGGAGCACAUCAGAGACAUUCCAAAAAUCAACGAUUUGGGAUUGCCUGGCGAUGAAGAUAUGGCUGUCAAUUGUGAAUAUGGAGCAUUUGACUCAUUCAAGCAUGAACACAUGAAGGAAAUCCGAACAAAGUACGAUGAGCACAUUGACUUGUCUUCCAACAAGCCACACGAGCAAGCUUACGAAAAGAUGAUUGCUGGAUUGUACCUUGGUGAAAUUUUCCGUCUGAUCUUGUGUGAGAUGGCAGACGAUGGUAUCUUAUUCUUAGGUCAAAACACAUACAAGAUCGAAACGCCUCAAGUUUUUGAUACUGCAUUCUUAUCUUUGAUCGAAGCAGAUCCAACUGAUGAACUUUUAACAGUUACCGGUUUGUUCACACACUUUUUCAAGUUGGACACAACACCUGAAGAACGUAAAUUUUUCAAAAAGUUGGCCGAAGUGAUCGGAACACGAGCAGCACGUUUAUCAAGUUGUGGUAUUUGUGCUUUGGUAACAAAGAUGGGUUAUUUGGAAGGUGAAAAUCCAGAAGGAUGCGGUGUUGGAUGUGAUGGAAGUUUGUUUAGCAAAUAUCCACACUUUGCUGAUCGACUUCAUAAAGCAAUCGAAGAUCAAUUUGGCGAAAAGGGUAAAAAAGUUAAAUGUUAUCAAGCCGAAGAUGGAAGUGGUGUUGGAAGUGCAAUUAUUGCUGCUAUGACACGUAAGAGAAAAGAAGAAGGCAAAUAUGCACAUGUAUAAAGGGGAGGCAACAAAGAGAG